AUGGCCGUGGCCAUGAACCUCCGACCAACAGACAUGGUAGAACUCCUCGCGGAUACUUUCACUAAAGUUCCGCUGGUACCGACAGUGGGACCGCCCCCCGAGAAUUGGGACAAGUUCCGUCAUCCCACGGCACCUCUGAUGCAACAACCGGACACCGACUUCACUCUGCACGAGCUGCAUGAACGCACUAUGUGUGUAAAGGCUGGCAACGCGGUGAGCAACCCCCGGAAAAUCAUCCGAGGAGUUCCCCAAGGGAGCGUUGUUAGCCCGCUACUCUUUGCUCUGGCCAUCGCGUCACUCCCAGCGGCGGCAAGGGUUGGAGAAGAGCCGGCGUACCCUAUCAGCAUGGCCGUCUAUGCAGACGACGUGGCACUCUGGUCCACUGCCCCCAGCUACAGAAGGCAACGUAUGGUAUGCGCUCUCCAGCGAGCCCUGACAAAUGCAGUGUAUCGUCUCCACCAACUGGGCUUGGCAAUAUCAGCCGAAAAAACGAUUGCGCUGUGCUACUCUCCAAAGAGGCCAAGCAAGUUCAUGCCCACACUACGCAUUGGGGACACUCCAGUGAAACUGGCGAAAACGGCCACAUAUCUUGGCGGCACGUUGGACUCGAGGCUAUCCUGGGGCCCAGCAAUGAGGGAAGUGCUUCAAAAGAUGCGAACCCAUACAAACAUCCUCCGGAUACUCGGCGGAACUACUUGGGGAACCUCAUCUCGCAUGAUGCUGCAACUGUAUAGGGGGCUCAUCCUGGCCCGCCCAUUGUACGCCCUACCUUUCGCCACACUCAGUGUCAACCAGCUCAAAAACCUUGAACAAGCUCAACGCGUGGCACUCAGGAUUUGCCUCGGAGUUCCCCGCACAGCCUCGUCUCAAAAUAAGCUCACAGAAUCCAGGAUUAACUCUGUAGAGAACAUCAUGCAAGAACGGGCGCAGGAGCUGCACAAAGAUCCCCACCCCCUGCGGAUCAGCCUUCAUAUCCCUGAACUGCGGUCCAAGAAGAACGUAGCAGUGGUCGUAGCAAGGCAGCUCACGGAAGAUCACUUAGUUACCCAGUACGAUGGGUGGACCCGAGUGUACACCGACGGAUCAGUGGACCCCACCGGAGGCACAGCAACAGCAGCGGCUUUCUUCGAGGCAGCAGUUGUGGGUACCAGUGACCGCCUGGAUCACCAGGCAUCCUCCACCACGGCAGAGCUAGCAGCCAUACGGCUCGCACUCUGGGGUAUUCUGACAGGCUGCACACAGGCCUUACGCUGGGUCAUCCUGAGCGACUCAAGAUCAGCCCUCGAGCUGCUAUCUAGGCUCGAACGGGCAACGCCCCUGGCCCGUUCAAUCGCGCAGGAUGCAGUCGAGCUUCAGCAAGAAGGCAACGACAUUGCCUUCCAAUGGCUCCCGAGCCACUGUGGCAUUAGAGGCAAUGAAGUCGUCGAUUUUCUAGCGGUGCGGGCUCACAAGGACCCCGAGUGCCCGCCUUCAACCGUUCCCCGCUUCUCAGACGCCAAACUCCUUGUGAGAAGAGCCAUCGCCCUACAGCACCCGGACCCUGCUGUGGUGGCGGGUGCCUUCCCAGCUCGGGUACCGCGCGGCUUCGACCGCCAAACUGCCGCAGUAAUACACAGAUUACGGACCGGAAGCGCCUUCACCCCGGCGUGGAUAAGUCGCUUCAGACUCAAUGUUGACCCCAUAUGCCAGACUUGCGAGGAAACGGCCGACGCCGAACAUCUCCUCCUGCACUGUAGUGAUCACGAAGAGGAGCGCACCAACCUCCGUGAUGCUUUUUCCCGCCUAGGGCUACCUAGUACCAACUUGGAAGAACUCCUGCGUCCAAGAGCCUCACGAGCUACUACGGACAAGGCACUCAAGAGUGUAGUCAGCUUCCUGAGGAGCGCGGAACUCCUCGAGAUCCUCUAG